AUGGAAUACUUCACUCGGCUUCUCAUUGAAGCUUCUUUAAGCAAGGAGUUCAGAUUUCAUCUUAAGUGUAAAAAUCUGAGAUUAGUUAACCUUUGCUUUGCUGAUGAUCUGGUGAUAUUUUAUAAGGGAGUAAAUAAUUCGGUUCAGAUUAUAAAAGAGUGUUUCACAACCUUUAGUUUGGCUUCUGGUCUUUCAGCUAACUUGGAUAAAUCUCAGGUGUAUUUUGGGGGUUUGGCUGAGGAAAAGACUAAAAAAAUAUUGACUAGGCUCCAAUUUGUAGAAGGGUCUUUUCCUCUAAAGUAUCUUGGAGUUCCUCUUCGUCCUACUAAAUGGAAGGCUGGCGACUGUGCUGUUAUUCUCAAAAAGAUUCACCUGAAGCUUCACACUUGGUCUAGUCGUCAUCCUUCAUUUGCUGGGCGGGCUCAGCUUAUUCAUUCUGUUUUAUUGGGCAUGAGAUCAUUCUGGAUGAGUAUAUUCCUCCUUCCCAAGAGUGUCAUUAAUGAGAUAGAUCAUUUGUGCAGAAGGUUUCUCUGGGGGACUAAUGACAGUAGUAGAAACAGAAGUAAAAUGCAUCUCACUGCUUGGCAUCAGGUCUGCCUGCCUAAGAGUUUGGGUGGUGUUGGGUUUUAG